AUGAAGGUUUGGGUGAAGUUUGUGGUUUUGGUGUUUUUGAGGCUUGUUCCAGUUUAUUGUAAUUUCAGUCAAGUGAAGUUAACGCUUCACAGAAUGUUUAAAAACAAGGAUUUUGGAGAAUCUCUGGAUCAAUUGGUUAACAAUUACAAAUAUACAACGGAGUCAAUUGAGAAUUCUUUUAGACGUUGCCUGGAGAAUGAGAUGGACGACAACAAGAUUAUGGCUUGUUUUAUUUCAGGUCUCUAUAGGGAACGUGUUCUGGAACAACACAAACUGCUUCUUUGUAUCGCUGAAUAUGCCAAGAACGCGGCCAUGAACUGUAUUAUCGCUUGCCUUAACAACUACACGCCCGAGUGUUUUAAGGUAACUUAUUUCUAA